AUGUAUCGAUAUCAGCAUGAAGUGGAUGAUAUUCAUGCUGUUGGGAUGGUACUAAUGCAGGAACUUCUUCCUGGUCAUGAUUAUAUGAUUUAUAUUAAAUAUCAAGGUGUUAUCAAUGAUGUUUGGACUGGUGGUCUUUACAGGACUCAGUAUGAUAUCAAUGGAGAGACAAGAUUUUUAGCACUUACACAAUUGCAACCAACAGAUGCAAGUCGUUUAUUGCCCUGUUUCGAUGAACCAGAAAUGAAAGCAGCAUUCCGGAUUAGUAUCAUUCAUCCAAUAGGUACAUCAGCUGUCUCCAAUUCACCAGUUCGUCGCUAUCGUCAUCUUAAUUCGAAAUGGAGUAAAACAGAAUUUGAGGUGACACCAAUAAUGUCUACCUAUUUGCUAGCAAUAGCUGUCAGUGAUUUUGUUUUCAAAUUUCGUCAUUGCGGAAAGACUGAAAUUCGUGUUUGGUGCCAAUCGGCAGUGGUACAUGACACAGAUCAUGCGCUUCAUGUUGCAUGUCGAUUAUUAAUUUAUUAUGAAAAUUUCUUCUCAAUUCCAUAUCCACUCAAAAAACUUGAUAUUUUCACAGUACCCGAAUUACGUGUUUUGGCAAUGGAAAAUUGGGGUUUAAUUACUAUACGUCAAAAAUUAAUGCUUUAUAAUCAACACCUAAAUAGUUUACGUGAGAGGAGAGUUGUCACAGAUGUCAUUGCACAUGAAGUGGCUCAUAUGUGGUUCGGAAAUUUGGCAACAAUGCGUUGGUGGAAUGAUUUAUGGUUGAACGAAGGCUUUGCAACAAUGAUGGGACAAAAAGCAGCUGAUUUUGUUGAAAAUACAGCACUGCGAAUGUCACAAUGUUUUGUGGCUGAUAUUACUCUAAAAGCAUUGUCAAGCGAUCAACAUACGACAAUGACGCAACCAAUAAGUUUAAAAGAAAAUAGUGAUCGUAUUCAUGGUCAGGAUAUUAAAAUAAUCUAUAAUAAGGGAGCAGCAGUAAUUCGUAUGGUGGAAUCAACGAUUGGUGAAGAGGUAUUUCGACAGGGAUUAAAUCUUUAUCUGGUAGAAUUUGCUUAUGCAAAUGCUGGAAAGCGCGAUUUUUUAAAUAGUUUUUCAAAAAUUUUCAAAGCUAUCGAUCAUCAUCGUGAUCCUUUCUCCGGUACUAAUUUUUCCGUUUAUAAUUAUAUUGAUUCAUGGAUUUAUCAACGAGGAUUUCCAUUACUGAAAGUUCGAAAAAUUGAUGAUUAUUUUGAAAUCAGUCAGCAAAUAUUCGAUUUUGAUAAUAAUAGUCGAUUUGCUAAUACGCAAUGGAAAAUACCGGUGUUUAUACGUGAAAAUCAAAGUGAUGAAAUUCAUUGGUUAGAGGAGAAUAAAAAAUUGAAACUAUUCAAUGGAUCACAUACGUUAAUAUUAGAUCCAAAUUUUCACGGUUACUAUCGCGUCGAAUAUGAACUUGAUCAUUGGAAGCUUCUCAUUGAUCAUUUACUAUACAAACAUAAUUAUUUUUCUGUUUCAUCACGACUUAGAUUGCUCGAUGAUGCAUUUGUGUUAGCUGAAAUUGGAAACAUUCCAUAUAUGAUACCGAUGAAAAUGUCACUAUAUCUUAGAAAUGAGACAAAAGCUGUACCAUUUAUAACAUUUCUUACACGAUUUGAAACUAUCCUCCAUCGUGUUCAUCGUCAUUCCAAUGCAACGCUUUUCAAUAAAUACGUGCAGUUUAUUAUGGAGCCAUUGUUUGAACGAAUCAUUAAAGCUGAAAGUAGCUCAAAUAUUCCAUACAAUAUUGAAUUUGAGUAA